UUGAGAGAGAGUGUGUGUGUGAGAAAGCGAGCAAUUUGUUUUAACUUUUCAACAAAGAGAUAAGCGAAAGGAGAGACUUUAUUAAAGUGACCGCAACCAGUGAAACGAUGGCGUUUUGAAUCUGGUAAAAAGGCAGGCGGCGGCAGCGACAAUGGGGAGAAGGCCGUGCUGUGAGAAAGUUGGACUGAAAAAGGGGCGGUGGACGGCGGAGGAAGAUGACCGGUUGAAAAAAUACAUCCUCGCCAAUGGUGAAGGCUCCUGGAGAUCUCUCCCCAAAAAUGCAGGGCUUCUCCGAUGUGGGAAAAGUUGUAGGCUCAGAUGGAUCAACUAUUUGAGAGCUGAUUUGAAACGAGGGAACAUCACCACAGAAGAAGAAGAUGUCAUCAUUAAGCUUCAUGCUUCCCUUGGAAACAGGUGGUCUUUGAUCGCAAGCCACUUGCCAGGCAGAACAGACAACGAGAUUAAAAAUUAUUGGAAUUCACAUCUAAGUCGACAAAUCCAAACGUUCCGGCGUCGGAACGACGAUGGGGACGCGGUAAUUGUCGACGUGGCCAGGCUCAGCCUCCCGCCGCGGCGUAAGGGCGGGCGAGGCAGGCGGAGGAAGGCGGAGGCGGAGGUGGAGGCGGAGGCGGAGGCCGUGAGGGAGAUUCCAUCGCCGCCGACGGCGGAGAUAGAGAGAGAAAGUACCGUGUGCGGGGGCGUGGAUGACCCAACGGAGGAGGAAAUUAAUAACGAACCGCCGCCAGAAGAACGACAUGACGUCGGUGGCUCUGGGACGUUGAGUUUUAAUAAUGACGUAUUUAAAGAGGACGAUAUGUCGUUGGAUUUGGAAGAAUUAUUGACUAACGUGGAAAUGCAAUGGGACGACGAUUACACAUCUGGCACGUGCGAAAGCAAUAUUACCGCCAAUGCCUCUGUCGGAGCCGCUGUUUCCGACGCCGGUGCGGCGGAGCUGGAGCUCGGCGGUGACUGUAGUUCGAUUAGUUCUUCCUUCAGUCUGGAUAGCCCUUGGAAUUGGGAAAGCUUCGCCGGCGGCCUCGAAUGGGACGCCGGAGAAGAUUUCGCCGGUGCCGUUGCCGAAUCCGACGCCAUGAUUUCAUGGCUUUUGUCUUAGAAAAAAAAGAAAAAAGAAAGGGGGUUUAAUGUAGUUCUGGGACUUUGUAAUUACACUAUUUGGGAUAGUUUGUCAGAUAUUGGGGAUUUUUCUCUGUCUUUCCCGUUAUACCCUUCUCUAUCUUUGUAAAAUUUGUUCUCUUGGAAUAAAAACGUGGGUUUGUAUUUCCAUGGUUUUCGGAAAAA